UGGAGUUUUUAAGGAUGAAAGGCUGAAUCUCUCUCCAGGGCCGGAUGCUAGCCUGCGUAAAGGGCUAUCUCAAGUAAUGACAACUAAAACGGGACUGACAAAAAUAGCCAUCGUAUUGGAACCAGUAUUGCCUCGAGGAUAUCUCUCUUUUUCCUUUUCCCGUUUCUCUGUUGCUCGCUUCCCUUUCUCUCUUACUCACUCACUCACUCACUCAUGCGCUCACACACAUCCCCCUCCCCUCACUCUACCUCGCUUUCCCUUUCCCACUAUCAUUCCUACAACAAACAUGGCCGCUAAGUCGGAUGGAGCAGCCGUGUCUGAGCAGAGUGAGACCCCGUCUCGGUGUCUUGUCGGACCUGAACAACGCCCAACCCUGUACCGGUAUGUCGGAACGCCGUACACGCUGGUGGACUGUUGCUGGGUGCUAUGCGCUCUCCUUGUCUUUUUCUCCGACGGGGCCACCGACCUGUGGCUGGCUGCGGACUACUACCUGAGGGGGAACAAUUGGUGGUUCUGGCUUACGUUACUCUUUGUUGUGGUUCCCUCCACCGUGGUUCAGGUGUUGAGUUUCAGGUGGUUCGUGUAUGACUAUUCAGAGCUCAGCGGGACAUCCAGCGAGGCAGGUUCUGCCGCGUGCGGAGGUGAUUUCAGCACCAAGGGCAGCGAACAGCGGAUCACCGGCAAUGCUGCCGGGGCCAGUUCGCUGCCCGCGAUGGGCACAAUGAGCAGCACCCGGAGGAGCUGCAGAGUCUGCAUGUGGAUCUUUCAAUCCGUCAUUCACAUCCUGCAACUGGGGCAGGUCUGGAGGUAUGUUCACGUCCUGUUCCUGGGCGUGCAGAGCCGCUUCCACGGCGACCUGGAGCGGCGGCACUUCUACUGGCGCCUGAUGUUUGAGAGCGCCGACAUCAACAUGCUGCGCCUGCUGGAGGCCUUCCUCAAGAGCGCCCCCCAGCUGGUACUGCAGCUCAGCAUCAUGAUCCAUGGCAACCAGAUCCUCCCACUGCAGGGCCUCUCUGCCUCUGCCUCUCUGGUGUCUCUGGCCUGGAUGAUCGCCUCCUACCAGAAGGUACUGCGGGACUCGCGGGACGACAAGUUGCCCAUGUCCUACAAGGCGGUGAUCGUGCAGAUGCUGUGGCACCUGUUCACCAUCGGCGCUCGCACCAUCGCCUUCGCCCUGUUCGCCUCCGUCUUCCAGCUCUACUUCGGCAUCUUCAUCGUGGCCCACUGGUGCGCCAUGACCUUCUGGAUCAUCCAGGGCGAGACCGACUUCUGCAUGUCCAAGUGGGAGGAGAUCAUCUACAACAUGGUGGUGGGCAUCAUUUACAUCUUCUGCUGGUUCAACGUCAAGGAGGGCCGCGCCCGUUUCCGGCUGGGAGUGUACUACUGCGUGACGCUGGUAGAGAACACGGCGCUCACCGCCGCCUGGUACCUCCACCGCGGGCCCAACUCGUCCGACUUCUACGCCCUGCUGAUUGUGUGUGUGGUGCUAUGCAGCUACGCCCUGGGAACCUUCUUCAUGCUCGUCUACUACUGCCUGCUCCACCCCGACGGCCCCAUGUUGGGCCCACAGUGGAGCUGCGUGGAGGAGGGCAUGGGAGCGAUUGGGCUGGGCGGGAGCGAACACGGUUUGGCCACCCCCAUCCCCCAGCAGGAUGUGGUGACCAGCCCACCCCGGACCCUGCAGAGGACUACGAGGGGGGACAGGGGGGAUGGGACAAUGGAACCGGGCGCGGGGGACCGGGAAAGCUGCCUGCCCGUGUUUCAGGUGCGGCCCCCCAGCGCGCCACCGUCCGCUCCAUCCCCGCGAACCCCACGGAUGGAGGGGCCGGUGAUCCGCAUCGACCUGCCUAGGAAGAGGUACCCGGCUUGGGACGCCCACUUCAUCGAUCGCAGGCUGCGCAUGACCAUCCUGUUGCUGGAGAACACCUCGCCGGUCACACCGCGCAUUCAGUACCGCAGCCUCAGCAACCCCAAGGAGGUGACCGAGUAUGAGACCACGGUGUGAGUACACACACACACACCUCCAAGCCACCAGGGGGCGCCAGCCUCACUUUCAAUCACAGGCUCUCAAAAGAGGGCAAAGGGAAACUGAGCUCUGGGGGAACACACGGACGCUGGUACACGUAGCUCUCCGGGGCUGGCCCCUCUGUGAUUCUGUGUCAUUUCCUGUGCAUGCAAGGGCCGUGGCCAUGCACCACGGACGGCUCUCUGUUACAGCAGGAGGGAGAGGAAGGAGGGGCUCAAAGGGUCAGGGGUCAACCUAUGAGGUCAUGACCUCUUCUGUAAGAGACAAGAACAACUCAAGUGGGACCAUAUCAGGACCAGCUAAUGAACCAUAUGGAUGUCAAAUUAUGGAGCCGUAACAGCUACAGUACAGUGCCAUUGUUGGAUGAUGAUGAUGAUGAUUAUGAUGGUGACUGUGACGGUGAUGAUAGUGAUGAUAGUGGUGGUGAUGAUGACAAUGACAGUGUCCAUUAUAAUGAAAAUGAUAUAAUAUAUAGUGUAUGUAAAACCCAGAGAAGAAUUCUUCACACCAGUUCUGUUAGAGAGAGCUACCGUUGGCUUCUCGACCUCAGUGUUACAGUGACAUGAAAACAGUUUCAGUCGUGUGUAAGUUCGCUUCUGUGAAUGGUGCAAAGAUUUAGCAAUCAUCCUUUUUCCUUGAAUUGAUUCAAUGAUUUGAAUAUUUAUUUUUUUCAUUGAAGUUAUUCAUUUGAUCAUUUUUAUGACUCAGUGACCAUGUCUUUGAUAUGAUUCGUAUGAUGUAAUCAUACGUCUAUAAACAUAUGGGAUUUUUUUCUAUUUGAUGUAUAUAUUACAUUUUACACCCCUUGUGGGUGAGUAUGAGUGUUUGUUUGGGGUUGUGUGUUCGUUUGAUUGGUCUUGAAUAAUGCUGACUCGUUUAUCAAUAAAGAUAAAGAGCCGAUAUAAAAGCUAAAUUAGAGAAAAAUAUCAAAAGCUGUGAUCAAAAUGUAGAUGGAAAAAAGAUAAUGGUAGUAAAAACGGCUGAGCCAACAGCCUUAAGAAACCCAGAA